ACAAAAUUUAUAUUUAACUGGAGAAACAGGAAGUGAGGUUGAGAGAAGAAGAUGGCAGGGUCAAUGUCAAUGUCAAUGUUGCAUCUCUGUUUCUUCAUUCUCCUCGGAAUCUUAACAAGAACUUCUGAUGCCGUUCAUGACAAAUGCGCCGCCUGCAAAGCCGUCGCGGAGGAGCUGGAGAUUGGGCUUUCCAGCGAGAGGCCACGGAAUCACUUGGAUAUGCGCUAUCGCUUGGACUCCAAAGGUCAGCGUGAAGGAAAGCUAAUCGAUUACACAGUUAGCGAGCUUAGAGUUGUUGAACUUCUCGAUGGCCUUUGCGAAAAGAUGGAAGAUUAUACACUCAAGAAAGGUACAAGUACCAAUGAAUGGAUCAAAGUGAAUAGCUGGGAUAACCUCACAAAUAAGCAAGAAGCUCGGGCAUAUUCAAAAGAUAUAUCUUCUUACUGUGGAAGAUUACUUGAAGAUACAGAGGAUGAGUUGGCUGAAUUGAUCAAAAAAGGAUCCGUUAAAGUAGGAGGUGUGAGCAAAGUUCUUUGUCAAGAUUUAAGCAAACAUUGCAGUCCAACGAGUGUAUCACAUGCGGCGGAGGUCGAUGACGAUGAGAAUGAAGAGCUCUAAAACCAUGGAACUACGGUGGCUGAAAAUAUCAGCUUUUGGGGCAGUUAAAAAUUGACAGAAUGGAUAGGAUAAUUUGUUACUGUUGGAAUGGUCUUUGUUCUCGUUACAGUAGAAGACUCUUUCAGCAAUAUGGUGGACCGAACCCUAAUUAUUAAGUUAAGGGUUGUGCUCUGCGCUCUAAAAAUCUUAUUUUGUUUUCUGUAUUUUAUAGAUAUUUGGUAAUACCUAGUAAUUCAGAUAGAUAUAACGUCUACUGUUAAAUAAUAGAUACAUUACUGAGAAGUCAACUGAGUUUUUUUAACUUA